CGCCUUCAAGACCUUUAUUCAUCAUGGACUGGGAUGAGAGAGAAGAUGAAGACUACGACAACGUCGAAGAGCACGUCUAUGGGCAGGAAACAGGGGAGGUAGAGGAAGAAGUGGAUUACUAUGCGCUCUUGAACGUGGAGAAAACCGCAAGUACGAGGGAGAUACAUCAGUCAUAUCGACAUUUAGCAUCUCUGCUGCAUCCCGACAAACACCCCCCUAAACACCGGGAGAUGGCUGAGAAGAGAUUUCAAGAUCUUACGACGGCAUAUACAGUGUUGACUGACGAGAACAAACGUCAUGUGUACGAUACGCUCGGUGUUCGGGGGCUCAAGUUCAACUGGGCUGUCACUCAACCACGCCGGCCAGCAGAGGAGCUGAGACAAGACUUCGAGCAUUUCAAUAAUGGGAUGAGGUGGCAGCAGGCACAAGCUUCGAUCACCAAUCUUGUCGCACUGGAUGCCAGAGGAAUAUUCCAGCAGUACGUUGUGGUAUCUGCGUUCCCCGCGGUGCACGAAUCAGAAGAUGCAGACCAUGGUGAAGACGAACAUGAAGAGGCGGUCGAACCAGAGGAAACUCCGGAGGACAGCGCACCGGAGGAAACGCCAAAGAGCGAUGAAGAAGUAAAGCCUGCAAAGAUCAAACUGGACGUUACAGAGAAGCCCAAAGAGACUAAGGAGCAGGAGAUAGAGCUCGAAGUGAUUGAACCACCUCUUCUCUCUCUCUCAAGGCUCCAGCUCUCCCAUUCGACUACAUUUCCACUCGCCAAAAGACUCAGUAUACGACUGCUUGCUACUGCUGGUACUCGGGAUGAUCGGGGAACCGCGAAUUUCAUGGGCACGGCAAAGUACCAGUUCCCAAACGGUCUCACAGCAGAGGUGGGGUCGAACUUAAUACGAAAUCGUGUGCCGUUCGCCCAUGCCGCCUUUGAACUGCCCUAUCUGAAACAAACAAGGAUGACAGUUCGCGCGACAUGUCCUACGUUGCUUUUUCCGCCGCCAAUCAGUCUGUCCUUCUCUCGAAGACUAAGCAGUCGUUGGGAAAGUUCACUCGCUCUCUCAACUGGCACGUGGGUUCUUCCCUUCUGGCCGCCCGACCAAACAAAGUAUGCUCUGGACCUCGACGAGAGCAAAGAAAAUGUACGAAUCGUGAAUAUGGAGGACGAUCCAGAGUUAGAGCCGGGUUGGAAGCGUAUGCUCCUCUCCCGCGCGGCAUCUCUCGCCCUCAAGUUCGGGGUCAAGCAAAGACCUCGAACAUUAUCUCUCACAUUUACCAAGAUAAACAAGGAGACGGGCUCCGUUGAUCAGGCGAGCACCUUGUAUGCUGUGCUCCUUGAGGAAUCCAAUCCCCAUCUGCAAGCAUCCUGGGGUGGAACAAUCCCUGCCCGACGACUCAUUUACACCGGACUCGCGAAGCUGCUCCCGGGCGAGACCGAGGCGAAAGUGUCAGACGAGUCCAAGCAUGCGAACACAUUAGCACCGAAUAAGAUUGCGUGGAAUUUUAUGGUCGACCUCGGAUUACUGACCGGCAUUAUGACCGUUACCACUGUCAGUGGUCAAACCGGCCCUGCGAGUUGGGGGGUCAGCGUCGACCUUGGAGAAUCAGGCGUCUGGCUCCGGAUCAAGGUUGGCGUACGUGGCCAGAAAAUCACCGUCCCCAUCUGGCUUAUCGACGAACCAGACCUACUCUUUGGGCUUUCCACUGUGGGCGUUGUCGCGACGACGGUCCUGAGCUGUUUCACCGCCAGUGAACUCUGGCAUCUGCUCGAUAAGCGUCGACGUUUGAAAGCACUUCGGGAAGCCCGUGCCGGCCAACUUGCGAAGAAAAGGCAAGAAGCGGAAGGGGUGCAUCAAAUGCUGAAAGAAUUGGUGGAGCGCUCUCUGGCAUCAAAACAAACAACGGAUGGAUUGGCGGUGCUUGCGGCGUCUUAUGGCCCAGCAGGAGCUUUUGACCCGGCCACAGAAUCUGCCGUGCCUUCUCCUAUCGACGUAACUCUCCCGAUACAAGCACUCAUGAGUGAAGGGCACCUGCACAUUGCUGGCGGGAGAUCAAAGUCGGGCCUUCUAGGGUUUUAUGAUGCUUUCCCAGAUUUAAAGAAAGCUCUUCGGAUAACAUAUCAAUAUGAAGGUAAAAAACAUGAGGUUACCGUUGGUGAUCUUGAAGAAGUUUCAGCUCCGUCAGAAGCACAUCUCAUACCAGAGUAGCGGUUGUCUUUCUUGCCUCUUUGUCCACAAUCAUACCCAGAGAAGAACUCGGUGUAACAGUGUUUGAAUUUCACCGCUCAUCAACAAC